ACGCUAUAAUAUCUGCCAUGGAUUCACUCUUCUUUUCCGUUUACUGCCACAGAUACUUCACCGACAUUACCUGACAACGGCGGCCAGCAUGUACAGCGAGCUCUUCGUUUUGGAUGGUGUGCAGCCUAUUGGUGGUCGAAAAGGACCUGCGCUGAAGAUGACGGCAAGGAGAUACAGAAUACGAGGCACCAACAAGGAAAACAUCGACGGGCUCACUCUGAUAUUCGCCCAUUGCAUCGGGUCUCAUAAAGAACAAUGGGAGCCUACUAUUGAACGAAUCUUUGGUCUCCAAGAGGCCAAAUCGCCGAGGCAUAGAAUACGUGAAGCGUGGGCGUUUGACUGGCAGAAUCACGGUGACGCUGCGUUGCUGAACGAGCGCGCGUUGAGGGAACGGCCUGAAGGAGUUUCUAUAUGCGAAUGGGCCCCUGCAAUCGCCUCGUUUGUUCGUUCACCUCGGAUGAGGGGACACCGGAUAGUCGGACUAGGUCAUUCAGCGGGAGCCGGAGCCAUGAUGCUGACAACCCAAAGCUCCCCUCCAUAUGCCGGCUUGGUUCUCAUCGAACCCACUAUGAUUACGGAGGAUGUCUUCCGAGCUCACUUUGCCGACCGUAUGGCGACCAUGGAGGGUGCCGUGUGCGCGACGAGCAUUCGACGCCACCGGUGGGCAGGGAGAGACGACGCGCGUAGUUGGCUCUCCGGGAGAUUUCCGUGGAGAGUCUGGGAUGAAAGAGUCCUGGAUAUUUUUGUCAAACACGGACUACAGGAGCACCACCAGGGCGGAGUCGCCCUCAAGUGUGAUAGGAAACAAGAAGCCAUGUCUUAUCCAGAUGUCGAUGGACACUUCGAGGCAACGACUGAGCUCGCGAAGGUUUGCCAUGCCGUGCCAGUUCAUGUUAUUUGGGGAACGUAUAAUGAUUUAGUCCCCAAUUAUUUCCAAGAUUGCCUCAUUGAUGCGUCGCAAGGCCGGUAUGUCGCCUCUAUGACCCGUGUCAGAGGAGCGGGACACAUGAUUGUGCAAGAGAAGCCGGAUUUGUUGGCGGAGACGAUCUGCGAUGUGUUGGACACCAUUGGAGUGAAUCAUCGGGCUGGCUCUUCACGGUCGAGGCUCUGAGGCAGAUUCCCUUGGUGUGAAGGAUGUCAAUGUACGAUAUAGGAAUUUGGAUAUCAGUAGAUGGUUUGCAGUCAGUUCAGAUGGACAGGUUCUCACAAGGAAGUAUUCAGUCUUGUCAUAUAUCCUUUUGAACCAGACAAUGCAGGCAGGUCCGUCGUAUGAAAGAAAGCGGCAAAACUUUAGAGAAUAUAUGACUUCAUAUGUCUUCAGAGCU